CAAUGUUUCUCUUUCUUGUUCUUCUUUGAGAGGACACAAAUUAAAAUGGGUAUAUUGUGCUGUUCUUCAUGGACAGAUGACAAUGAAAUUUGUUGGUUAUGUUCUGGUGAUGUAUACGCAUCAAUACUCUGAGGCCGAUUUUUUUGUUUUUUUGUCUCAGAGCUGAUUAAUACGAUACAUUAUUCGCGGAAAGAGAAGGACAUGCGCAGUCCUCGGCUGUGUUUAUCAUUUUUCUGGGCUGAUAAAAUUGUUAGGGAGCGAGCCGUGUGGUCUUAAUUUGUUUUCAAUUUGUAUACAGGCAUAAGUGCCGACAUUUAGGCCAGAGAAAUUUUAAGGCUACGAAUCACAGGCAGAAUAACUUUGUGAUUUUUGUUGAAUAUUUUUAAAUUUAUGGUCUUAACGUGUUUUACACACACACAAAAAACUAAUAUUACAGUCAUAAUAACUUUUUUUAAUUGCACAAGUGAAGGUCAGUGAUAGUGGGGCCUGAUCAAAGUGAACACUGUGUUGCAUACAACCACAGUUUUAGGGCACUUUCACACUAGCGCUGUUUGGUCCUUUUUAAACAGACCAGAGUUCAUUUUCUCAGAUAGUCCGCUUCAUUUUUAUCUGAACGCACAUCCGAACUCUAGUUAGGACCAAACAAACGAACUCUGGUCUGCUCAUAAAUUGUGGGUCUCGGUCAACUUUAAGCACACCCUGCUUCGCUUGUGAAUGCAAGUGGACCAGGGUGCACGUAUGCUACAAUACGUGUAGCUGCUGUGACGCUCCACGCCCCUUCCCAUCCCAGGAGGGAGGUACUUCCUCUUCUAAAUUUGUCCAAUCAAUGAGUGUGCCUUUUGUAUACGUGAUGCUGCUCAAAAAGUUCGUUUGGCGCAGUGUGAAUACUGAACCUUUUCAACAUCAUUUGCAAGUGUUGUCUCCAAAAGUACCCUGGUCCUCUUGCUCUAGUGUGAAAGUGCCCUUACUUCUCGACUGUCAAGGAAAUUAAGAAAACAACCACACACAAAAUGAAAGGCAACUGUCACUUAACCUGCCCCCGCUCCCUGGGUUCACAUCGUCCACAACAAUAGAAUACAGAGUGCUCCGAUUUACGCCAAAAAUAAUUCGCUUUCAUCUUGGCAUAAUGCAACUCUAUAAAAUUUUGUAAAUGGUUAUUAACAUAGUUUUUUUCUCAUUUCAUUAUUUUUUAUAUUUGUAUUUACGUGUUAAAACAUUUAUCAACUGCACAGACAACAUUAUAACAUAUCUAACAUGUAAGUGUCCAGAGAAGUUAAAAUAAUAGUACUUUUUAGAUACUCAUAAUUUGAUUUCACCCGACACACCACAAAUAUGAGAACAAAAUAUCUGUAGGUGUUUUUAUACUUUUAAUUCGCUUUAACAUUUUCAGCGACUUUUCUAGCUGCUAGGUAUAAUUGAUUUGUAUUUUAACGUGUUCCUUAUGUUGUAUUGAGUAGUUAGAUCAUUCUUAUGUCAUUUUAAGUUCAAAUUCCAUCCACUGGUUUCCUGGUUAUUAGCUUGCAUAAUUUAUAUUUCAGAUUUUCAUUAAUUAAAAAUCUUACAGGACGUGGUCAAGAUGAGGUCAAAGAAACAACUACUUUAUUUUCUUUCAAAUUUCUUUUUAUUGGUGUUAAAAAAAAAAUACAGAACACCCCUCCCAAACUAAACAAAAUAAUAAUAAUAAUAAAUAAAUUUAAAAAAAAAAAAAAAAAAAAAAAAAAAUUGUUUCACUCUAAGUUAUCCAACACAAACAACCAUGAAGUCUAUGUCUAAUCGUAAAUGUCCAGAGAGUCAUAGAAAGUUCUUCCGUGCCAUCACUUCGAUACAUAGUGGUUACGGAAUAAAAAUACAGUGCAAUACAUUCAAAUGUCCCACCAAAUAGGAGCAGCAUGGAAAGCGACCGUACCGUUGCCCAUCCCCCAUGGCUAAAUUAGCAAUAUAACAGUGCAUAUGUCAUUCCUGCACUUGUGUAGUGGUGUUGUCAAAGAAUGAAAGAAAAGGUCCCCAUGUAUUAUAAAAUUUCUUUUCAGAACCGCGAAGAAUAUAUCUGAUUUUCUCGAGCCUAAGAUUCAUCAGCACAUCCCUUAUCCAAUGCGAAGUUGUGGGUGGGGCAGCCUCCUUCCACCUCAAAAGAACUAAACGUCGCGCCAAAAGGGUGGUAAAAGCAAUAACCCUACACCCCCAAGUAGGCAGCCACAGACCCUCCGGUAAAACUCCAAAUAUUGAUAUUAUAGGAUCAGGAGUGAUUCCGACCCCUAACACGAGGGAGAGGGCUUCAAAAAUACCCUUCCAAAAUAUUUCUAAGCUGGGACAUAACCAAAACAUAUGGAUCAGUGUUGCAUCCGCCAGCUUGCACCUAUCACACAAAGGGCUGAUUUCUGGAAAGAUUCUGGACAAUCUUACCUUAGAAUAGUGUACCCGGUGUACUACCUUAAAUUGAAUCAGAACAUGACGAGCGCACAUAGAUGAAUUAUGUACCCUACCCAAAACCUUAGACCACAGUCCCUCUCCGAUUGGUGUUUGAAGAUCCCGUGCCCACAGGUCUUUGAUUCUGGAUAAGGACGGAGCUACCUUAUUAGAAAUUAGAUUAAAAAUGCGCUUAAUUCCCCCUUUCUCUGUCGGAUCUAAAGACAUAACAUCAUCUAAAACUGUUGUAGGAGGUUUAUUUGGGAAAAGCGAUAUAAUACUCUUAACGAAGCUUCUAAGUUGCAGAUAUCUAAAAUGAUGAGAGUUAGGAAUAUUAAAUCUUUGGACUAGCUGUGCGAAAGAGGCAAAAAUAUCAUCCACAAAAAGGUCAUUUAAACGUGUAAGACCCAGGCUGGACCACAAAUGAAAGGCUUUAUCGACUGUUGAGGGGACCAAAAAAUGAUUCGAUGCCACUGGGCUAAAAAGACAAGUACCAACUACACCAUUUUUUUUCCUAAAUUGAGAUAGUAUCCGAAGGGAGUGAGAUAAAACUGGGUUAUUUCCUGAUACCCCAACUUUCAAGGGCAGUGGCGCACCACACAAGGCGGCUAAUGAAUUUGGGAGACAUGCACAAGCUUCCAUCUGCACCCAAGCGGGACCAUUCUCCUUAAGAUGGUAAUAUAACCAAUAUGCCAUACAAUUUAGAUUUGCGGCCCAGUAAUACAACUGAAAAUUAGGAAGAGCCAAACCGCCGUCGCUUUUAGCCCCUUGCAGGAAUUCUUUACGUAAACGUGGCUGUUUAUUAUUCCAUAUAUAAGAAGAAAUAAUUGAAUCCAAUUUUUUAAAAUAUGAAACAGGAAUGAAAAUAGGCAAACAUUGAAACAAGUAUAAAUAUCUGGGCAAUACCGUCAUCUUGACAGCAUUAACGCGUGCUGCUAGUGAGGUAUGCAGCAGUGACCAAUUAGCCAGGUCAGUCUUAGUCCUGACCAAAAGCCUGUCAAAAUUAUGCUCACGGAGUGCCUUAUAUUGCUUGGUUACCGAUAUUCCCAAGUAAUUAAAGCUACUAGUAUUCACUUUAAAAGGCAGGCUGACAUCACCAAUUUCAAAUUUGUGAACAUCUAAAGGCAUCAAUUCACUCUUAUGGAGAUUGAGCUUGUAACCUGAGAAUCUGCCGAAUCGUUGUAGCAGGUCAAGAGCAGGUGGAAUCGAACUUUGUGAGUUAGAUAUGUAAAGGAGUAAGUCGUCAGCGUAUAAUGAAACUUUAUGUUCUAUGCCUCCUCUAUUUAUUCCUGUUAUAUAUCGGUUAGAUCUAAUAGCAACUGCAAGAGGUUCAAUGGCCAAAACAAAAAGCAGAGGGCUUAGAGGGCAACCUUGACGUGUCCCACGAUAUAAAUUAAAUGGCUCUGAAAGCUCAUUAUUAGUUAAAACCUUAGCCACAGGUCUGGAAUAUAAUAAUCUAAUCCAAGAUAUAAAUGUAGCCCCAAAUCCAAACUGUUUUAACGUCUCGAACAUAUAGUUCCAUUCCACCCUGUCAAAAGCCUUUUCGGCAUCCAUAGCUAUAACACAUUCAGAGGCAGACUGGCUAGGAGUGUAAAUUAUGUUAAAUAACCGACGGAUAUUGAAAAAGGAACGUCUAUGUUGAACAAAGCCCGUCUGAUCAUGGGUUAUAAUAUUUGGUAAAACAGACUCCAAGCGAUGCGCAAGUACUUUAGCUAGUAUUUUGUAGUCUGUAUUUAAAAGAGAAAUAGGCCUGUAAGAUCCAAGUUCCAAUGGAUCUUUAUCUUUUUUCGCUAACAAUGUAAUGCAAGCUUGAUUUAAAGUAGGUGGAAGGUAACCUGAGGAAAGGGACUCGCCAUACACAGCCGUCAGAAUGGGAGUCAACUGCCGAGCAAAUUUUAAAUAAAACCCACUGGGGAAACCAUCUAAACCAGGCGCUUUCCCAAUUUGGAGCCCGGCUAUGGCAUUCCCAACUUCUUGCUGAGUCACCGGCUUAUCCAAUUCUGAGACUAUUUCGGGAGAUAUCUGUCGAGAUUCCAAAUCCUUAAAAAAACUUAGCAUGGCCUCUGUGUCCCUGGGAGCCUCUGAAGUAUAUAAUUCACUAUAAUAAUCCUUAAAAGCUGUAUUAAUUCCCGGCUGAUCCGUAAUAAUUUUACCAUCCAACGUGAUGCCGGUGAUAGUGAAUUUUGAUUUAACACCCUUUAGUUGCCUAGCCAAAAUUGAGCCCACUUUGUCCCCAUGUUCAUAAAAAUUACUUCUACUCCUAUUCAGCAGAUUCUCCACAAAGUAUGACGAAACACAGUCAUAUUCUGAUUUGAGACGAAGUCGCUCUUUAUACAGAGCAGGAGAUGGAGAUUGUGCAUAAGUAUUAUCAAGGUCUGCUAUUCUCCGGUCCAAGUCUAAAAGUUUUGCAUUGGUUUUUCUCCUUUUGGCAGCCAUAUAAGAAAUGGUUUGGCCCCGUAAAUAGGCCUUGAGUGCCUCCCAAAUUACUGAAAAAGAAACCUCAGGGGUGGUAUUGAUAUCUAAAAACAGCGUAAUCUGAUCAGAAAGAAAAUUUACAAAAACCUCAUCUGCUAGUAAAAGUGAGUUAAACCUCCAAUUCCUGCUGGUAGCACCUGCUUCCGGUAAAUUCAACUUCAGCACAAGGGGUGCAUGAUCUGAAAUAACUAUAGUUUGGUAUUCACAGGAGCGAACAUUGGAUAUUAGUCUAUUAUCUGUAAAGAAAUAGUCUAUUCUGCUGUAUGUAUGAUGUACAUGUGAAAAAAAAGAAUAUUCCCUAUCUUUUGGAUGUAAAAAACGCCAUAUAUCAGAAAUGCCAAGUUCUAAAAAACAAGAUUGAAGGUAAGAAGCUGAUUUGGAUGCAACCCUGCCAGGCUUAUGUGACGACCUAUCGAGCAAAGGAUCCAAACAAAGGUUAAAGUCUCCACCCAUUAUAAGUAAAUGGGAGUUGACAUCAGGGAGCAAUUGAAUAAGUCGUACGAAAAACUGGGCGUCAUCCAGAUUUGGAGCAUAGACACUAGCUAAAAUUACCUUUAAAUUAUAAAGGCUACCCUGUACUAUAAUGUAUCGGCCAUUUGGGUCCGCUAUGACUCCAGUGGGAGUAAAAAAUAUAUUUUUAUUUAUCAAUAUGGCUGCCCCUCUUGCUUUAGCUUGAAAGGUCGAAUGGAAGAGCUGCCCCACCCACUCACCUCUCAGACGGGAAUGAUCUGACCUUCGAAGAUGGGUUUCUUGAAGAAAGGCGACUGCAGUCCUCAUUCGUUUCAGCUUUUUCCAAAGCAGAUGGAGAACAUUAACCUGUAUGAGGAGCUGGGAAGUGAUUGUCUGUCUAUUGUCUAUAAAGGAAGGCGGAUGGGCACUCUGAACUACGUAGCCCUCAAACGCAGUGAAAAAGCCAAGAGACCCGAAAUCAUCAACCACAUCCGUCUAAGCAAAGACCUCGAUCAUCCAAAUAUUGUACGCUUUUAUGAGUGGUACGAGACCAGAAAACACCUGUGGUUAGUAGUGGAGCUCUGCACAGGUGGUAGUUUGGAGUCUAUUAUUAUUCGUGAUGAAUGUCUGCCAGAGGAUGUUGUGAGGAAAUUUGGAUGGGACUUGGUCAAAGGACUCGAACAUAUCCAUAAGUUACAAAUUAUUUUCUCUGAUUUGACACCAGAAAAUAUCCUGGUGGAUAGCAGCGGCUUGUUAAAAUUGAACAAUUUCUGUUAUUCCAAGAAAGUGGAAGAUACCCUUGAUUAUUUCAACACGUUGUGUUUAACAUGUGAAGACACAGGAAAAAGAAAGUACGACCCAAGACAUCAGGGGAUUAACAUCAGGAAAAGAUUUCAAGGCUCACCAACUUAUAUGGCUCCAGAGGUUCUCCGGGGAUCAGACAAUACAGUGAACUCUGAUCUUUGGGCUCUUGGUUGUGUACUCUACUACAUGUACACCGGUAGACCACCAUUCUCCUCUAGUUGCUACAGUGAACUAAAGGAAAUGAUUUUGUGUCAAGAACCACCAUCUCUGACACAGAAAGCCUUUGAUACAGUGUGCCAAGGAACUCUUCCAAGUCAGGAUUUCCAAUGUCUUCUGGAAUGUUUACUCAGCAAAAAUCCUGAUGAGAGAAUGACGAUGCCAGAAUUACUCAAACACAGCUUCUGGACACCGAAAGAGAAGAAUUAGUAGCAGAUGAUGAUCUAGAAGAGGACCCACUUUUUCUAAUGAAUAAAUACUGCCAACAAACCUACAAAAUCUACUGUCAGAGAAUGGAGGAAUAUUCCCAUUUGCUCACAAAUAUUUACAAAUAUUUGUUCAUUGCGCUUGGUUUAUUCUAAAGAUACACGAUAAUAUCGGUCACCGAUAAUUAUCGGCCGAUAAUGGCAAUUAUGACGUCACACAGAUAAUAAAAAAAUUCAUAAUGCAAUCCGAUAAUUAUAUACUUGAUUUUGCCUCCAAAUAUGCUCAACCGAAGAAUUCAGCACGCCGCCUCCUCAACCCCUCCCCUCUCUGAAGCCCCUGAGGGAGGAGGGGUUGAGGAGGCGGAGUUACAAGACAAGAAGUAGUUGAAUAUUAUGGCGGCUGUUACUAAAAAAACGACGCUCUCGCCAUCUGCGAAACAUGUACCGUACAAGUUCCACGAGGCAGAAAGAACGCGUCCUCAUUCAAAACCACUAACCCAGCAGCCAUUUAAAACUGCAUCACAAAGAAUUUUGGAACAUAUACGAGGAUACGAGGCUGCUGCUAGCAGGAAUGCUAAAGCUAUUGUAAACACUAAGCUAAACUACAGGGCUUGUGACGAUACAGAGUCGGGCUGUUUGGGAAUGCAGCCCAAGGCGGGUGGUAAAUUCCGACGGAGCCCGCCGCUUUGGCCAGUCCGGCAGGCCGCCGCCGCCUCGCCAUAGGCGGGGCGGGCCGAGCCCGGUUCCCCGGCCUCUGGACCUCCGGCGAACACCCCGGUUUCUCGAGCGUUCUCCCACGGCGUGCGAGCAGAGCCAGGACCCGAAUACGCCGCGGCGAACCGGCCGAGGCGGGCGGACGGAUUAUCCGGUACGAAUGUAGCUGCCGCCGAGACGAGACACAGGUUUUUUUUUUAACCUUAAUGACACGAGAACCAAAGCCCUGGAUAAAAGAAAUAAUGCAGUUUAUACGACCACCAUUCUUCAUGAAAAAGUGAUGUCCGGUAAGCAAGCUUAUCAUGACGGCACAGUGGUUAUAAGAUAAUUUAAACAUGGAGAAAACGAAGUCAGCCAGUCAAUAAUGCAUUCAGAAUGUGAAAUGACGAGCGGUCAGAUGACUUUGUAACGCUGCCUUUAUUUUCGGCUUAAUAAAACUCAGGCACAAAACAACACGCACACGGAUGCGAGCGCAAACUCCGUCCAAAUAGUACUGCUGUGUAGCAGUUUAGCUGCUGUAACGCAAAUGUCGUGAAAGCCGCAAAUGUAAACAAAGCGCUGCAAAAUGGGUACAUGACAUCUCGCUCUUUUGAGGUAAUCAUUUUCACAGUGUGCAACAAAGCAUAUAACAUUAGCAAUCACUUUUCAAAUUAUUUAACUUAUUUCUUUGCUCAAUUACAGUCACAGUAGAUAAUCAAAUUCUUAAAUCAAUAUUCUGUAGCCACAAGUAUUAUUCAAAAUCUUUCCUUCUUCAAGUUUUUGUUUUUUUUUAGGAUUAAGUAUAAUAAUGUAUUGCUUAAAACAAGGCUGUUAAGAUUAUUUUCAGCUAGCUAUUUUUCUUCCAAGAAAUCUGAGAGAAAUACACUUGAAGGGAUGGCAGAUAAUUUCACUUAUUGCCAAUAGAUUUACACUUAAAACUGACUAGUUUUAAGGAGGUGUGUUUUGCAGCGGAUUAAUGUUAUAUAUGUUAGGAAUGGCUUACUUUUAAACGCAUUUUUGUGCAACUUAGGUAUUUACUCUGUAAGUAAUUGUUGCCAAAGGUUUACCAUUACACAAUGUCAGACAAUCUGUCAUUAUUUAGAUGUUUGAAUUGACGACUUGUUCAUACAUUGUGUUGAAAAAAAGAGCAAUAAAUUAUAUUUUUGCACAGUAAUAUUUUCUUUUGUGUAUACUUUAAAAUUUUACAUAAAUCUUUUAAUAGAAUUAUCGGCUUGACAUUAUCGGUUAUCGGUUGGAAUGAGGAGGAAAUUAUCGGUUAUCGGUAUCGGUUGAAAAAUGCAUUAUCGUGCAUCACUAGUUUAUUCAUCUUCAUAUAAAUAAGUAUAACUAAAGAUAUUCAUUCAUUGCUGUUCUGUUACUAUCUUCAGGCUUGUUCACAAAGUGUCUGAACACCUUUCUGUAAACAUUUAAACUCUCCCUCCUCAAAUAUAUGAUAAGAGGGAGGACAUAAGCAUGUAUCGUUUACACUUUGUAUUUUUCUCACCAUGUAUAAGUGAUUCAAAUGAAUGAAUGAAUGAAUGAAUGAUUGAUUCCAUAAUUUAUUCGCAAAGGUGACUGUUUAUUUCCUUCGACUUUGACUUUUUCCCUCUUUAAGUACAAAAAUGUUUUGGUAACAUACAGUGAGGAAAAUAAGUAUUUGAACACCCUGUAAUUUUGCUAGUUCUCCCACAUAGAAAUGAUGGGUGGGUUUGAAAUGUUCAUGGUAGGUGCUUAUCCACUGUAGGAGACAAAUCUAAAGAAAAUAAACCUAAAAAUCAGAGUGUAUUUUUUUUAACCAAUUUAUUUGUACUACACUGCUGCAAAUAAGUAUUUAAACACCUGUCUAUUGGCUGGAAUUGGGAGCCUCAAAUACCUGUCGAUCGCCUUUAAAAUGUCCAAUGAAUAAGUGGAGUCGAGGUGGACUUUUUGAAUCUGACUUUUUCAUCUGUUUGAGGCGGUUAGCUGCAUAUAAACACCUGUGCAGUCCAUACAAUCAGGAUGACUCUGAUUUCUAACAUGGCCAAGACCAAAAAGCUUUCCAAAGACACAAGACAGAAUUGUAGACCUCGACAAGGCUGGACAGGGUUACGGGACAAUUGCCAAGCAGCUUGGUGUUAUGACAUCCACUGUUGGAGCAAUUAUUAGAAAAUAGAAGGAGCUAAACAUGACUGUCAAUCUCUCUCGGACUGGGGCUCCAUGCAAGAUUGACCUCGUAGGGCCUCAAUGAUCUUAAGAAUGGUGAGGAGUCAGCCAAAAACUACACAGGGGGAGCUGGUCAAUGAGCUGAAAGGAGCUGGGACCACCAUUUCCAAGAUUACUGUUGCUAAAACACUAUCACGUCAUGGUUUAAAAUUAUGCAUGGCACGGAAGGUUCCCCUGCUUAAACCAGCACAUUUCCAGGCCUGUUUCAAGUUUGCCAAUGACCAUUUGGAUGAUCCAGAGGAGUCAUGGGAGAAAGCCAUGUGGUCAUAUGACAUCAAAAUGGAACUUUUUGGUCUCAAUUCAACUCAUAGUGUUUGGAGGAAGAAGAAUGACGAGUACCAUCCUAAGAACACCAUCCCUACUGUGAAGCAUGGAGGUGUUGCUUUGGGGGUGUUUUUCUGCAAAUGGGACUAGAUGACUGCACUGUAUUAAGGAGAUGAUGACCAGGGCCAUAUAUUGUGAGAUUUUGUGGAAUAACCUCCUUCCCUCAGUUAGAGCAUUGAAAAUGGGUCGUGACUGGCUCUUCUAACAUGACAAUGGCCCGAAGCAGACAGCCAGAAUAACCAAUUAGUGGCUUUGUAAAAAGCAUAUCAAGACCUAAACCCAAUAGAAAACCUUUGGAGAAAGCUCAAACUCAGUGUUUCUCAGUGACAGCCCAGGAACCUGACUGAUCUAGAGAAGAUCUGUGUGGAGCAGUGGUGAAAAAUCCCUGCUCCAGUCUGUGCGAACUUAUUGAAAAGUUACAGGAAACAUUUGAACUCUUUAAUUGUGAUCAAAAAUCAAAUUACUGUAUCAAAUAUUAAGAUUGAUUUUCUCGGGUGUUAAAAGCCUUAUUUACAGCAGUAUAGUACAAAUAAAUUGUUAAAAAAUAAUACACUGUGAUUUCAGGAUUUUUUUUUUUUUAGAUUGUCUCUCACAGUGGACAAGCACCUACCAUGAAAAUUUCAAACCCGCUCAUUGUUUCUAAGUGGGAGAACUUGCAAAAUCGCAGCGUGUUGAAAUACUUAUUUUCCUCACUGUAUAUGUGAUCAAUGUGUUCACAGUAUCCGGAAAGUGGUGUACAUUAAAAACUUAAAACAAAAACUGAAUAUUGCUUCAUUCUUGAAUCAUAUGCCAAUAGCAGAGCAACCGCUGCAAUAUGCAGUUUACUGCUAUUGAUGCGCAGGUGAAGCAGUAUGUCAUUUUGAAAAAUUGCAUGUGGUGUGGCUUGCUCUUUAAUACUGGAGGGGUUCAUAAUCUGUACCUCAUGAUUCUCAUCUUCAGUGACCCAUUACAGAGGGCUCUAGUUCUUGGCAUCAAUAUCACUUAUACUCUAUGCCAUCUUAACAGACAUGCUGAUGGUGGCAGCAGGUUGGUUAGGUUUACUGGCAUGUUUGUAUGUCAACAAUAAAGUGGAAAAAGCUAUCACAGCACUAAGCUUCAGGUUCUCACUUUAGUCUCUGUCUCACAAGAUGAAACAAAGCUAUGAUAAGGUUCACUUAUUCAGGUUACACAUGUCCUUAAAACUGAAGCUUAUCAAUAAGUAGUAAAGUAUGGAUUUGUUAUUCUGGUUCCUUUUGAACUAUUAAUGCAUUGAGGUUGAAAUUUUGGAGUGGAAUGAAAUGGAAUAUACCACACUGUGUGAGGAAACAAUUGGGUUUUUGUCUUCCACUCGCUCAUUAUUUUAAAGGUGCCCUUAACUUUAAAAAAAAAAAAAAAAAAAAAAAAAAAACUUUUGACAUUGUUUUUCAUAACCCCGGAUGCCAUUUACCACGUUUGUUGCACGACAAUCUGCGCUGAGGCUGAAAGUGCAUAGAAUGUAUUUUUUAAAGCCAUUUUAACUGGUCCCUUUUAGGUUCUUCUGCAGAAUUGCACAUUCUCUUUAAUAUACAGCUGAAUUGAGCUAUUUUUUAUACUCUUUGAUCGGACUGGCAGUCGGUGAAGUGGGUGUGCUGGUCAAUUUGCUUGUCCACUAAACUUUUUUAUUUUGUUUUUGUGUAACUUAGCAACGAUGGAAUAAACCAUGUCACACGGUUGCCCCACGCAAUGGAAUCUUUAAAUAUUAAAACAGUUCCAGUUUUAGAUACGCUGUGUGCGUUUUAAAGGAAAGAUUAUUAUAUGCAUGUAACCAU